AUGCUCAUGCUGGGGUGCGUGUGGGUGGCACACGCUCAAGCUGGGGUGCGUGUGGGUGGCACACGCUCAAGCUGGAGCGCGUGCGUGUGGGUGGCACACGCUCAAGCUGGGGUGCGUGCGGAUGGCACACGCUCAAGCUGGGGUGCGUGUGGGUGGCACACGCUCAGGCUGGGCGCUGCUGCUCAUAGCGGCGCCCCAACACUGAUAGCGCUGCUUCCCCUGUCAUCUAUCCCCCGCAAGCCCCACUCCUCUCUCGCACUCUCUUGCCCUCUCUCCCCCCACUACGCCUCGCCCCCCGCACCCUCGCUCCCACCCACCAGCUUCAAGAUCUUUGGGCCCAUACUGAUAGUGGCGGCGGCGGUGCUGGUGCCGGUGAACUACCUGGGAGGGGGGCUGCAGCAGCAGGCGCAGAGCGACCCUGACCUCACGUACAGCGACAUUGACAUGCUCUCCAUCGCCAACAUCCCCAACCAGUCGUCUCUGUGCGUGCAGUGCACUCACUGCCCCCUGUAG